UCCAGAGAGCAGCAUGCCUUCAGCGGCACAGCUGCAGAGGCAGAGCCAGCGGCAAUGCCGUACGCACCCCCACGUCUCCCUGCUCUUCAUCUUCUUUCUUAUCAUCUUCCUCUUGGUUUCCCCACUGAUGGCAUGGCCAUACGACUACAGAUACCUGUAUAACUAUUGCCCUGGGCCUGAGUGGAACGUGAUGUGUCGAGGAUGCUGCGAGUAUGAUGUGAUCCGAUGUAAAUGUCCUCUUCAGGGCACACCGGUGGGUUAUGCUGUUCCAUGCUGCAGGAAUGCUCGCCAUGAAUGUGACCCCUGCAUCAUCCAUCCAGGAUGCAGCAUAUUUGAAAACUGCAAGAAGUGUAACAAUGGGACAUGGGGACCGAGGGACGACUUCUUUCUGAAGGGACAGUAUUGCGCUGAAUGUCGUCCUGGGUGGUCUGGUGGUGACUGUCUGAAAUGUGGUGCAGUGAUGCGAAAGAGACAAGGUCACAUAGUUUUGGAGAGUUACCCUAUUAAUGCCCGCUGUGAGUGGACCCUGCAGGUGGACAGCCCUUUCACCAUAGAACUCAGGUUCAUGAUGUUGAGUCUGGAAUUCGACCACAGCUGCCGCUAUGACUAUGUUGAGGUCAGAGAUGGUGAAAGUAUAAACUCUCAGGUUAUUGGUCGAUUCUGUGGAAAUGAGCGACCUCCUCCUAUACACAGCACUGGCAACUCCUUGCACAUACUGUUUGUGUCUGAUGGCUACAAGAACUUUGAUGGUUUGUUUGCCAUCUUUCAGGAGAACUCAGCAUGUACCUCCUCUCCCUGUCUGCAUGAUGGCACAUGUAUAUUAGACUCGUCCUACUCCUUUCACUGUGCCUGUCUGGCUGGAUACACAGGCAAGAGAUGUGAAUAUGUGUUGGAGUGUAAGAGGCCAGCACUACCAGAGCAUGGCUCGGUGGAAAGUUUGGAUGUAAAGGUAGGAGGACAGACUCUGUUUCGCUGUAAUCCAGGGUUCACCUUAAGAGGCUACAAGUCAUCCACCUGUCAGCUGGAUGGCUCAUGGAGCACACCUACACCUCUUUGUGUGCCAGAAAAGAACUGUGGCAUCCCUUCAAAACCAGCACAUGGGGAUCAUUUUCUGGUCUAUGGUCCGAAUGAUGUCCUUAUUGCUCUGCAGUAUCUUUGCUAUAGACCAUACACACUGGUUGGAAACCCGCAAAGAACCUGCCUGGCCAACAACACAUGGAGUGGACCCACACCCACCUGUGUCAAAGAGGAUGUAAUUCCUGUCUCAGGUAAAGACAAGGAGGACAAAGGCAUUGAAAAAGACAAGCAAAUAGAGUUUAUAGAUACAACACAAGAGGAGAAAGAAAAGACCCCAAACAAAACAAUUAAAGAAGUACCAACAAAAGACAAGACUGGACAGGAUGUGGAAACUGGUAAUGACAAAGGAAAAGAUAUGGAUAAAGACAAAUGGAAAGAACCAGGCAAAGACGCUGGAAAGGAGAAACCCACUGUUGGAAGCAAGGACAAAUUCAGCAGCAAAGAAGACAGCACAGAAGACGGCACAAACACAGUCCGAAAGAAAGGCUCAAAUAAUGGAAAAUUAAUUCAUUACAUAGACAAAGAUGGAGCUUUAGACAGUGAAGAAAAAACAGUAAUAGAUCAGACUAAUGAACUAGACUCAAACAUUGUGAACAUUGUGUUAAUUGAUGACAAUUUCCACAUUAAAGAGAUAACGCCAUUCAUACACACACCUACCGAAAAAGAUACCAAAGAAACAACCACUGAUGUACCACAAUUCACAAUAAUCAGCCUGAAAAAAGAUGAAAAACACAACGUCCCCUAUAAAAUAGACACGUCACUUUCGGGCAGCACUUCAAACCCUGUAGACAGCAAUGAUAUCGAGGGGGGCUUCGGGACAUUAAGGCCAAAAGAAACACCAAAGAUUCAGCAAAAAGCUCCUGAACAGAACAGCACAAACAGAGACAUUGUACCAACCCUGAACCCUGAGACUGUAAGUCCCACAACUGUGCAGACACAAAAAACCACAGGAUCAGCCACAGAGACACAAACUAAAAAUGAGAGCCAACACACUACUGAGCAAGACAAAGCAACCGAGAACCUCAGCAUCAUUGAGGCUGAUGGGAGGAAGUGCCCUCCGCCUCCUCCUCUAUACCAUGGCUUCUCCACCUUAAUUCCUGGAGCUGAUCCAGAGAUGGUAGAGUUUUCUUGCAAUCACUCUUAUGCUCUGAGUGGCAGGGCUCACAGAACCUGCCAGCCUAAUGGUACCUGGAGUGAUACGCAGCCCAUCUGUGUAAGAGCCUGCCGGGAACCCAAAGUGUCAGUGCUGGUGAGACAAAAGGUUCUGCCCCCACAAAUCCCUUUCAGGAAAACUCCAGUACAUAAGUUCUACUCCUCCUCUGGGUUGACAAAAAUCUUUAGCCCAGUGGGUCCCACUAAAGCGCCCACAGCUCUGUCUCCACUACCACAAGGUUUCCACCACCUCUAUUCACAUAUCGAGUAUGAAUGCACCUCACCCUAUUACCACCAUACUGGCAGUCCCCGCAGAACAUGCCUUAAGACUGGCAAGUGGAGCGGCCGCCAUGUCUCCUGCUCACCCGUAUGUGGCAAGCUGCCAAAAUUUGACCCACGGCAUCCGGUCGACUCUCAUUGGCCAUGGCUGGCUGCCAUCUACCGUCCAUCUGGCCUAAACAAAGAAGGAAAGCCGGGCAAGUCACGUAGCUUGAGCAAAGGGCCAGAUUUGACAGGAGAAGCUGACGAUAUGUCUUUAGACAACUGGCAGCUGGUGUGUAGCGGAGCUCUCCUCAACCAACGCAGCGUGGUGGUUGCUGCCCACUGUGUCACUGAGCUAGGCAAGCUGUACCCACUGGAUGUAGCCAAGGUCCGAGUAGUGCUGGGAAAGCAGUACCGGAGUGACCUGCGUCAGACAAAGGGCUUGCAGCAUCUUAGGGUGUCUUCCAUCACUGUACACCCCAAUUAUGAUCCUCUGGUGCUAGACUCUGAUCUGGCUAUCCUAAAAUUGCUGGAUAAAGCCCGGAUUGGUGAGCAUGUGUUGCCCAUCUGCCUCCCAAAUGCUCAGGAUGCAUUGGAGGAGACUCUCUCCAGACAGGCCAUGGUGACGGGCUGGUCCCUCAUUCCUGAUGCCAAAUUUGGGGAGACAGAACGUGCACGUGUGGGCACAGUGAUGCUGGGUGAUGUGGUGCAUUGUGAGCAACAAUACGCUAAGUAUGGCCUUCCUAUCAGUGUCUCAGAAAACAUGUUGUGUGGUCGACAGGGUGCUGGCGCCAGUCCUUCUAACAUCUGUCCAGCUGAGACUGGGGGUGUACUGAUUGCCCCACCUACUUUUUCUCCAGAAUCAUCACUUGACCAAAAGCAGGAGUGGAAACUUUUGGGAUUGGUUAGUUUUGGGUAUGACUCACUAGACUGCAACCCAGAGCUUUAUACUGUCUACACACAUAUUGCUAACUUUCUUGACUUUUUUGAGAGGAAUAUGAAAUAGUUUAUUAUUUAAGAAUUUUACCACCAGCUUUGUCUUGCAUUUUCUUUUUGCCCUAAUAACACUUUAAUAUGUCGCUUAAACUAACACUGGACAAUGCACUAUGAGAAGAUAGCUGUAGCAGUAAGGGGCAUGGACCCAGUUUCAGGUAGUAGUCUAUGCCAAGCUAAGAGCAACUUCUCCAGCAACAUAUUAACUUAAACAUGUAGUAAACAGACCAACCAACUGGCCUUGCAAUAAGAAAAAUGGGAAAUGUCUACCAACAAUGACCCAUGUCUUUCACAUGUGGGUCCUCAGGUAAUCAAUACGGUGCUGUUGGAUUGACCAGAAAACCAAGUAUUCUGCUAUUAUUUAUAUCAGAGAUGUUUGGCCUUCUGGAUGUUUGUAAUGUACAUAGACUGUAAUGUAUUACUCCACAAUUGUAAACAUGACCAAAACUAUGUAUAUAUUGUACAAAACUAUUGAACUUGUGUGCUUUUUAAUAAAAUCAUUUGGUGUUGUGUUGUAAGUGAAAA